CAAAAGCACAACAACAACAAGUGAUUUUUGGUGGUUUUAGUUUCGAUGGCGAUUCUUUGCCCGAUUAUAGUGAAUUUGACAGUGAAUCUGUGACAUUGGACUACCACAAAGAAAGUGUGCUGUGAUUUGACCAGUGUGUGAUUUUUAUAACACUUAUAUAUUUUUUAUAAAUAACUAAUAAUUAAGGAGUAAAUUUUGUAUAUUUUUAUAUUAACUCUUUUUACAUAUCAAUGAAAAUUAAUAAUUAGUAAAGAGAAUGAAUUUUAUAUAACACAAGUGAAGUCUGAAUAGUUAUAAGAAAGUGAAGUGUGAUGAAAAUAAAUGUAUUAACUCUUAUAUUUUUAUAAAUUUAUUAACAAACAAAACAAUAUAACAAGUGCUUUCUGCAUGCCGUCCAGCUGAUUUUUUUACCACAUGAGGAUAAGGAGUUGUAGCUGUUAAGAGUUCAAGAAGACCUUCAGAAUCAAAAAUGGCACCGACAACGACAAUAGAAACUGUCACAAUCACACGACCACUAAAGGUGAUAGCAUUAAUAUGUGGAGGCAUCGUCCUAGUGUUGAUGGUCAUGUCUUUGGCCUCAACGGAUUGGCUGAUGUCGGAGGGAUGGCGGCAAGGCCUGUUUGUCCACUGCAUAGAAGCAGGAGCGACAACGCCCUUACCCUUCAAUGUCCCAGAUGACGACGGACCUGGUUGUUAUCCUGCCAGGGAUGUCGCUUACAUUCAAGCAUCUGCUGCUCUAUGUGUAGUAACAUUACUGGCAGAUGCCGUUGGAACACUUCUGACUGGCCUAGGUCUGAGAUCAGAUGACCAUAGAGCAAAAUAUAAAUAUUACCGUGUAGCUGUCCUGGUCAUGCUACUUGCAUUGAUUUCCAUUUUAAUCGCGCUGAUAAUAUACCCAGUAUGCUUUGCCGCCGAACUCAACUUCGGUAACCGCACCGUUUGGGAGUUCGGCUGGGCUUACGGUGUAGGCUGGGGAGCAGCCAUCUUCUUAUUCGGAGCAGUAAUCCUGCUGUCCUGCGACAAAGAGAGCGAAGAGAUCUAUUACAAGGAGCGAAAGAUCGUCCAGCAUGCAAACAAUGUCGGCAACAACACAAACGCGAACAACACGAGCAGUGGCGGCGUUUAGGUAAGCGCGCACGUCCCGCAACUCCGCAACAACACUAACAACAACAUCAACGCUACUAGUAGAAUCGUAUUGCCGGAUGUCGUACUAUGAUUCGUGUGCAGGAGCGUUGGGAAAUGGACGAAAUGAAAGUUUUCUUAUUGAUUCUUCGAUCUGGACAACAUUAUACGGAAGUUAUGUUGAUCCAACCAGACCUUCUUUAUUGAAUUUCUUUCUAUUCACUUUUAUUUAUUGUCUCUUCUAAAUUGGAAGGUUAUGGGCCCACGAUUUGUAUUCUUAAGGUGCUAGGCUGUGCAAUGAUUUCUAUAUAGCUAUGUAGCUAAGAUGUAAGUGCAUUUAUUAAUAAACAAAUUAAUUUACGCAUUUUUUGCUACGCAGUCAACAAUGAUAUUGAAGGGCUUAUAAAUUUUCAUUCGAUUAGAACUUAUAUUCUUAUUUGAAUAGAGAUUAUAUUCUUUUUGGAAUAUAGUUUGUAUUAUUUGUGGAACAGAUACGGUAUUCUUCUGGAAUAGAGCUUAUAUUCUUAUUUGAAUAUAGAUUAUAUUCUUUCUGAAAUAGAGAUUACAUUCUUCUUGGAAUAGAGUUUAGAUUCUUAUUUGAUUAUAGCUUAUAUUCUUGUUCGAGAAGAGCUUACAUCAGCGGUUUCCAACCUUUUCUUCCUUGCGCCCCCCUUUCGAAUUAAAAAAAUUUAAAUAUACUUAACAUAACUAAAAUUAUGCCAUAUAAUACAUAGUAUUAUAAAAAAUAUACAAACAUAACUAUUUAUUAUAAGAAUUUUCUGUUUCACA